GUGUUGUGCCGAGCCGGCUUCGUAUGCAAAGAUUCGUCAAGAUGGAUGUUGAACCCAAUGUCGUUUUUUACGACGAGAAUGGUAACAUACGAAAAAGCAGAAGCAGUUACAUCAACAUGAGCAUGCCCCACUACAGCGUCCACGUGGGGGCAGCGCGGCAGCACUGGGUUUGAUGCCCCCCAUGCCGCCAGAACUGUGUCUUGUAACGAAGAGGGCAGCGGCGUGGGGAAAUCUACAGAGCCCUUUCUGCCAAAUCAGCUAGAGAAUGAAUUGGCAAACAUCGACGAAAGCCAGCCCGUCAGGAUCAGCAUCACCAUGACCCUGACGACGACGCUGAACGCGCGCUGGGAGACCGUUCUCUGGCGGCAGCGUCUCUAUGUGCAGGUGCCCAAUGGGCUCCUGCCAGACGGCUCCAAGGAGGGAUUCGUGUCCCUUCUGGAGUUCGCCGAAGAGACGCUGCAGGCCAGCCACGUGAUCGUCAGCCUGAGGAAGGACCGGCCGGACCGCGCCGGCCUGGUGCGCACCUUCAUGUUCCUCGGCUUCGCGCCCAUCCCGCCGGGAAGCGACAUCAUCCCGGCCAGUGGCGACCAGGACAACCUCUACCUGGCCUACGCCAUCGAGUAGCGGCGCGCGCGUGACGAGCGGCGGGCGCGCCCGCCCCAGCGGUGUUCGGCGUCGGCAGGCCCGCCGACGGCUGUCGAUUCGGCCUCUGGUCGACUGUGCAGUGUACCAGUGUGGGGUUCCCCUCGGUGCGCCAACGGGCGGAGGGCGGUGGGCGCGAGCGGUGGCAUCGGGGCCGCCUGGUGGCCUGCAGCCGGCCGGCCUGGUGCGACGGGACCCUGACUGGGCGGACUGCUCCAGUCCAGUCUUGUCCCGUGUCGUCCAGUGUAAUCCGGCUGAACGGAACAGGUCACUGGUCUUGUCUAAUGUCAUGACGGUCUGGUCUGGUUAGCUCGUAACUGAGCGAGUCCAGUCAGAUCCAGUCUGGUCUGGUCUGGUCUGUUCUGGUUUGCUCAGCAUGGUCUUGCCUGCUCCAGCCCUGCCUGGUCCGGCUAGGCCGUCGCUGGCGGCCGUCAGACAGCUCCGACGCUCCUGCCCGCCCCCCUCCGUCGGUUGUGCUGUCAUCCGGUUAGAUUACAAAGUUCUUUAGACACUAUAUAACCAAGAAAACCACAAAAAUAUAAAAGAAAAAACUUGGGAAUGGCCUGCACCCGUGGUGAUGGGACAGGCUGGAACCAGCUAAAAAAAUCCGUAUCACAUCGGUGGUUUGGUCCAUCCCAUUCCAUGUAUUUUGCCCUGUGUUAUCUCGUGGGUUCACUUUGGGCGGGACCGCUUACUUGCAGAAGGAAGCUUGCUUUUGUUUGGUAUGUUAGCGACCGACAUCUUCUCGCUCUAUUUUAUCUUCUGUAAUAGUUGUCUUACGAAUGUGUCACGUUAUGAGCACGACUCCAAUACAAAAUUAGAUAAAUGA